UGGAACCACUGGAGAGCCCAACAUGAGUCCUCAUGAUCCGGUCCGAGAGAUAACCCCUAAAGUCCACUUGAGCCCAAAAGACAUGCUGCUGUCAAACGUGAGCCACUUGGUGCGUGUGUCCAUGGAGAAUCCGAACUUUACGCACGGUUCCACCUCCAGGAAUGAGACCCUAAUGGUUCAUCGCUGGAAAGAAACGAUGUCUUUACCGAUAUUAAUGUUCGCCGGGGGAGCCAUUGGGAAUAUAAUAGCCAUCAUCGUUCUCUCGGUGUCGAGACAGGAGAGGAAAAGUUCUGCUUUCUACACUCUGGUGUGCGGACUGGCUGUGACAGACCUGCUGGGCACAUGUCUCGCAAGUCCGAUCACCAUCGCAAACUACAUGGACGGCAAGCUGCUCCAAAGCGGGAAACUCUGUGACUUCCACGCCUUUUUGUUGCUCUUUUUCGGCUUGACCGGCCUGAGCAUCAUUUGCGCCAUGGCGGCGGAGAGGUACAUGGCCAUAUGCUGCCCUUACUUGUACCAGCGGUGGGGGGUGGACCGACGCUUUGCGCGAAUCUUCCUGGUGUUCAUGUACGGCACCAAUGUCCUCUUCUGCUGCAUCCCAAUGAUGGGCGCGGUGAGGAGCAAGCUGCAGCCCUCCAAAACCUGGUGCUUCAUCGACCUGAACACACCCGAGCCGGUGGCCGCCGUGUACUCGGUGCUGUACGGCGUGGUGAGCGUCGUGCUCAUCGUGGGAACCACCGCGCUCAACGUGGCCGUGUGCGGCGCGCUUCUGCUUAUGCGGCGGCGCAGCGUGCGAAGGAUGGGUAGCGGCAGGAGCAGCGUCCGGGACAGGUGGAGGGACCUGUCCUCCGCCGCGGAGACACAGAUCAUGACGGUGCUGGUGAUGACUUCCGUCGUGGUUCUGGCCUGUUCGGCUCCACUAGUGGUCAGAGUGUUUGCCAACCGCCUCAUGCUGAAAGAUGACCCCACAGCCGACCGGGCGGCCAUCCGGAUUGCAUCCGUGAACCCCAUCCUUGACCCUUGGAUCUACAUCCUCCUCCGGAGGUCGCUGUUUCGCCGAAUACUAUCGCUAUCCAGGCGAUGUAGAACUCGCAGUAGCAGCAGCCUGACAAAACGAGGGCGUCUGUUUUACCCUGAACACACCAAGGAGGGCAGCCAUGUGUUCAGCCAGUUGAUGCACAGCAGCGUCAUGAAGACGCUCCCUGAUGCCAACACUUUGUCACAGUACCACGCAGAUGCACUUUGUCACUCUUAAAUACGCUGAAGACCGAUAACAAGGAGUGUUGGCGGGUGCUUUGCUCGAAUAGGAACCCAGACCUCUGAUGCUGUAGACGUCGUGACAAUAUUUGUGGGCUUGCAGCUGGAAAGGGUUUUCAUUGACCAUCUCAGCUGGACGAGAGAGGCACCCUGGACUGAGCACCUGUCAAUCACAGGAAAGACACUUAACGACAGACGAGCAUGCACACAAGGGCAGUCGUCACUACAUGUGCAUAAAGUACGCUUGGGGUCUAAUGGAAGAAGCUACAGUACACGAAGAAAGCACGUAAGCACAGGGAGAACUUUCACAGUCUCCAACCCUAGUCUUGACCCCUAGCACAGUCUCUAUUAUAUAGGUUGGAUGUUAGAGGGCUCAUCAUUGGUUCACCUUGAUGUAAUGGAGAUGACCAGUGUCCAGAUAAACGGGAGGGUUGGCACCCAGUUUAAAAACUUCACCAAAUCAAACAUUGUCCUUCAAAGUCAAUGCACUCAGGAUUUUCCAGCAGACGACGCUUUGACAAGACAUUAUGAUUUAGGUACAAAGGAAAACUGAACUUAAAAUGUGUUGAAUAACUGUGAGAGGCAUUUCAGUGGGUUUUGAGUAUCAAAAAUAGCUAUUUUCAGGGUUUUUUUGAGUGCAUCCAAUAUUUGUCUUGGAAUGUAACUCAUGGCAGGGAUCUACUAUGCUGGAUAUUCAAUUGCUUAGCGUAUCUCGACACACAUUACGGAUUAAAUGUGAUGAACGUUUCAUAUACAGUAAUGUUGAUUGUGACCAAUAUGAUCACAAUAAUAUUCAAAUUUGAUUAAAAAAUAUGCCCCUGUGCAAAAAGUUUACACACCCCUGCCACUGACAUAACUUUCAACAUUUGCGUUUGAAAAUAAGACAUUUCCCGGAAAAUAAGGGAAAUUCCCCUCGACGCAAUACAAAUUUGCAGUCACCAUUGUCACCUGCAGUAACUGAGAGGAUUUAAAAAUUUGUGAAAUUUAUGGGAAAUUAUUUAAACAGGAGGGUGGCCAGAAAAGAAGGGGGGAAUGCGCGACUUUCCUGGAGAAACUGAGAGGAUUGACAGGUAUGGCCAUAGAUCAGGGGUGUCCAAAGUGUGGCCCGGGGGUCAUUUGUUGCCGGUUUUUAUUGGCCUACGGCACAUUCUAAAAAUAUAAUUUAAUAAGAAACUUUAAAAAACAAAAAUAGCAGCAAAAAUCGAAAAAUGUGCAGGAAUUUUUGUAAAAUUUGUAAUUUUACAAAAAUGCUAGGGGGAAAAAAUGUAGUAAUAUAAAGCUGAAAUAUUAAAGAGGAAAAAAUGUAAUUUUUUAAAAACUUGUAAUAUGAGAAACAAAACAACAAAAAACGUUUUUUGUUUUAAUUUAUGGAAAAUUAGGUUGCGGAUAAAGUUAUGUUAUGAAAAUAAAGUAAAAAUAUUGUGGGAAUAAAGUCAGAAAUACAAGAAGGAAAUUUAGAAGACGAAAGUUGGAAUAGUUGGGAAAAAAAAAAGCCUGGAAGGAAAAAAGUCACAAUUUUACGAGAAUAAACUCCUAAUAUUAUGAAGAAUAAGAAUGUAAUUUUAGUAGCAGACAGUUGAAAUAUAUAUAUAUAUAUAU